UGCAAUAACCAGCGACGGAGAUCCUACCGGCUUCGCCCUGGGCCCAAUUACGUCCCCUCCGCAAGUCGACCGCGAGCGAGACCCCCUUUUCGACGCCGUCGAAAUCUGUCACUUGACCAUAAUAUUGUCGACCCGAAGGAAACGAUCCCGCGCUUGCUCCCACCUUUGCUAUAUUCUAAGGCUCCCCGAAGGCCCGAAGAGACGAUAACUACGCACAACUACGUCAUUGAUAUAUCUCGCCACUUUCAGUCCCCAUCGACGACAUGGCGUCUACUUCCUUUAGAGAUUCGAUGAACUCCCUGGGUUGGUCACGGCGAGAUCAAGAUGUGCCAGUCAAUACGGCGCAGCAGAGCGGUCUCAUGUCGUCCAUCAAGUCGCUCAAUCCAUUCCAGAACAACAGUUACAUCCAGCUCCCGACUACUGAGGGCGCCGGUGCGCCUCUGCCUGCUGUCAACAGGAGGGAAGAGGAGGAGGGGUUCGCGACCCUCAGUCGGUGGGACCGUCUGCUCAUUUUCGGUGCCUGCAACCUAGGCGCCCUUGCCUGCUUCGUCCUCUGCUUCGUCUUUCUCCCAGUGCUAUCUGUGCGGCCGCGCAAGUUUGUCAUUCUCUGGACACUCGGCUCCCUCCUGUUCCUGGCGUCCUUCGCGGCCGUAAUGGGCCCGAUGGCUUACGCGAGACAUCUCACGUCUGGCACACGUCUGCCAUUCACUGCGGCCUACUUUGGAUCGCUCGCGCUGUCCAUGUACUUUUCGCUCGGUCUCCACAGCACCAUUCUCACCUUAAUUUCGGCUGUCAUCCAGCUCGCUUGUCUGGUGUGGUACCUUGUCAGCUACUUCCCCAUGGGCUCGAGUGGCUUGCGGUUGGCCACCACCUUCGGAGCCAGAAGAGCGGCUGCUUGGAUGACUGGGUAAGGUUAUGAAGUCAGCUGUACAGCAUUAAAAGGUUGGAUCGAGUCAUGUAAUAAAACCUGAGAGGGGGGUUGUUUCUUGCGGUUGUACAGAAUACCGGGUGGGUGGGGGAGGGGGCUCGAGGAAGAGUUGCGAAAACAGACAAAUCCGGCGUAUA